AUCCCUUUCUAUAUAUAUACCUCAUGUACCUCAGCCCUAAAAAACACACCCAAAGACCAAAAAUUGAAACUCUAAACCGUCGCAACUCUAUAAAAAAAAAAAAAAAAAAAAAAAAAAAAAAAACUCGACAUAUUUACACAAAUCAAUCAACUAAAAUAUGUGCGAUGGCAGUGUAAAUCUUCCCCCUGGAUUCAGAUUCCUGCCAACUGAUGAAGAACUUAUUCUUCACUUUCUCUACCGCAAGGCCUCUCUUUUGCCUUGCCAUCCUAACAUCAUUCCGGAUCUUGUUCCUUUUUUUCAUGACCCCUGGCAACUUAAUGGAAAAGCGUUGUGCAGUGGAAACCAGUGGUACUUCUUCAGCCAAGUGAUGGAGAAGCGAGUGAGUGAAAAUGGGUAUUGGAAGGAUUUGAAUUUUGAGCUACCUAUUUUCUCAAGUGCCGGCAAGAAAAUUGGAGUCAAGAAACAUUUUUCAUUCUUCACUGGCGAAGCUCCAAGUGGUGUAGAAAUCGGUUGGAAUUUGCAGGAAUAUCAUCUCUGCAAUUUUGCAUUCAACUAUUCUUCUUUCAAAAGAAAAAGAAAUCGAAAACUAGAUUUCUGCAAAUGGGUUCUAUGUCGAGUUUAUGAGAGGAAGAAUAAUUCUGAGAGUUUGUGCUAUGGAGAUGAUGAUGACAAUGGAACCGAGCUUUCGUGUCUAGAUGAAAUGUUCUUGUCAUUAGAAGAUGAUCUUGCUGAUAUAAGUUUGCCUAAUUAGUUUGAAUUACAUUUUUGUUAUUGUUCAUGCUUUAAUUAUAUUUCCUUCCUUGUACAUAUUUGCUUUAAUAUACUAAUCAAAUGUUAACUUGGUUGUGGUCUUAUUAUUACA